UCUUAGGCCCAGCAAAGUCAAUCCCCUUUUUACAUGUUUCCGUCAUAGUUAUGGUUUAGGAGUUGUCACUUGGAGACACAAGAUUAAACUUGGGCAAGCAACAAACAUCGGAGGGAUGAAACGGCCGAGCUAGACAAGAUAGCAGGUGGAAUCUCUGAUUGUCCUCCUUGUCAAACUCUCUUGCCAACCCACAAUUUUUUAUCCCUGGAAAACGUUCUUGUUGUUUACGUUGUGGGUUAAGUGUAUUGGAGCAGUAUUUGUACUGAAAAAUCUGAUCGAGGAUGGUGAGGUUUCAAAUAGAAGAUUUGCAAUUGUAGUGAGAUUGGAGAAGCACUGGAAAAAAAAAAAAAAAAAAAAAUCAAGUAUAGGGUUUUUGUGUUUGAGAAGUUGAAGCUGACUUGAAGGCAAAAACCAAACCCAUAUCUUUUGAUUUACAUACGAGAACCCAGCCUUCCUUUCUUCCAUUCUGAGUAUUGUGCCAUCAUAUCCUUCAAAAUGCGUUCCCCACGCUCCCACAACUCUACCACAACUCGACAAAAACAAGCAAACCCUUUAUCUUUUGGAGUUCUAUUAAAAUCCCUAGCAAUUUCAAGCUUAAUCCUAGCAAUUUCAAGCUUAAUCCUAAUAUCUUUGUACAUUUUUUUCUUUGACGAAUCAUUUAACUAUCAACCUUCCAGUCUCCUCAUCAGAACCUUCCAAAAAAACUUCCAGGCCACGGCUACACGUCCCCACAGCCACCCUUCUACCAAUUUAAGCCACAUUGUGAUCGGAAUGGUUGGCGCUCUCAAGACAUUGAAGCACAAAACAGCAUACAUUAAAGCAUGGUGGCGGCCUAAUGUCAGUCGAGGAUACCUCUUUUUGGAUAGAGCUCCUACUUCAGAGUUUUUGCCUUGGCCAUCAUCUUAUCCUCCUUUUCGUGUCAAUGAGGACGUCACUAGAUUAAAAGUGUACCCGAAAAUUGCGAAUCCGAUACAAGUACGAAUAGUGCGUUCAAUUUUGGAGAUAUUUAGAGAGGGUGACAAAAAUGUAAGAUGGUAUGUAAUGUCGGAUGAUGACACCAUUUUUGUGCUUGAUAAUUUGGUUGAAGUUCUAGCAAAGUAUGACCAUACUAGGUAUCAUUACAUUGGUACAAGUUCGGAGUUUGUCAAGUCUAAUUCUGAUUUUUCGUUCGAUAUGGCAUUCGGUGGUGCUGGUUAUAUUUUGAGUUACCCACUGGUGGCAGCAUUGUCAACAAAGUUGGAUGAUUGUAUUGAGAGAUAUUCAUACUCCUGGUUUAGCGAUUUGACAUUACACGAAUGUUUAACCGAUUUAGGAGUUAUUCUAACUGAAGAAAAAGGGCUUCACCAGAUUGAUCUCCGUGGUGACAUAUCAGGUCUUCUAUCGUCUCAUCCGCAAUCUCCAUUCCUCUCCAUCCACCACCUCGAUACUGUUGACCCAAUCUUUCCUUCCAUGAACCGCUCUGACUCCAUUAACCACCUCAUGAAAGCUGCCAAAGUUGAUCCUUCUCGUCUUCUUCAACAAACCAUAUGCUACCACAGACCAAGCAAUUGGUCUUUCUCAAUCUCAUGGGGUUAUUCUGCUCACAUUUAUGAAAACAUAAUCCCCCGGAGCACUUUAAGGAGGCCCAUUGAGACAUUCUCGCGUUGGAGGAACGCAAGCCGACCAUUCUACAUGUUCAACACCAGGUUGCCCUCCAAGGAUCCAUGUCGAGCUCCCCAUGUGUUUUAUUUUGAUUCUAUUGAUCAUCGUGUCGAUGGAAGGAAGACUAAGACUGUUACAACUUAUUCAAGAGUAGCUCCGCGUGGUUUGGUGUCAUGUUCUUCAAGUGGUAACCACUCUGCGGAUUCCAUCACCAAAAUUGAGGUCUAUACAUCGCCAGAAUUCCGUUUGGAGAUGAAAGGAAAGGACUGCUGUGACAUAGUACAUGCAGCUGAUAUUCACACUACUCGAGUCAUAUACAGGUCUUGCAUGGAGGGUGAAAUUAUCGCAUAAUUUUUUUUUUUUAGGGUAAGGGGUAAUUAUCGCAUAAUUUUGCAAAACAAGAUAGAUAUUGGUUUCAGAUUUUAGAGACUAUGCACAGAAUACUACAAUUCCCAAAAAUAGGAAAAGUGAUCAAUUCCACUUUUUAUUUUGGCAGUGUUGUCUUUCAUUACAUACAUGAAAGUAUUUAACCAUUAAUGGUAGCAUUUGAAUUGAACUGGUUGAUUUAGUUAUA